UAUCCGGGCAACGUCAUCAGCCCUCACCCGCCCGGCACCCGGACUGCCUACAGUAACAUUUGCUCGGACUUGCGAAAGUUAUCUCUAAAAGUGAGGUAGCGUUUCACCUGUUAUGGCUGACCAGACUGUCGUGGAAAAAAUGAGCGACUUGCAAGUGGACGUGGGAAAAAAGGGAGGAACUGAAGGCGGCAAAGAUGGAGGAAAGAAGAAGGCUAAAAGUGCUGCUGGGGACACUGGCAGCAGGGUGGAGCUAUCGCCACCACCUCCAUACAUUGUAGAGCGUCUUACUUUGUACACAAAGCUGAAAGCUGAGCACGAAGCCUUGAUGGCAGACAGGGCUGCGAAGAAUAGCCGAGCCAUCAAAGUGACCCUGCCUGAUGGAAAGGUGGUGGAGGCUGAGUCCUGGAAGACAACACCGUACCAGGUGGCCUGUGGAAUCAGUCAAGGCCUUGCUGACAACACAGUGAUUGCUAAAGUGAACAACAGUGUGUGGGAUCUCGACAGACCGUUGGAGGAUGACUGCAGCCUUCAGUUGCUCAAGUUUGAUGAUGAGGAGGCUCAAGCUGUUUACUGGCACUCUAGCGCUCAUAUCUUGGGUGAAGCCAUGGAGAAGGUGUAUGGAGGCUGCCUCUGCUACGGUCCCCCCAUCGAGAGUGGCUUCUACUACGACAUGUUCCUGGAGAACAAUGAGGGCGUAUCAAGCAAUGACUUCCCGUGUCUGGAGACCUUGUGCAAGAAAAUUAUCAAGGAGAAGCAGCCAUUUGAGAGACUGGAGAUAAAGAAAGAAACUCUGUUGGAAAUGUUUAAGUACAACAAGUUUAAGUGCCGCAUUCUGAACGAAAAGGUUACCACUCCCACUACCACAGUUUACCGGUGUGGUCCCUUAAUUGACUUGUGUCGGGGUCCCCAUGUGAGACAUACUGGGAAAAUCAAGGCACUUAAGAUCCACAAGAAUUCGUCUACAUACUGGGAGGGAAAAGCAGACAUGGAAACCCUCCAGAGGAUCUAUGGAAUCUCCUUUCCUGACCCCAAAAUGCUCAAAGAGUGGGAGAAGUUUCAGGAGGAUGCCAAGAACAGAGAUCACCGCAAACUAGGCCGGGAGCAGGACCUGUUCUUCUUCCAUGACCUGAGUCCAGGGAGCUGCUUCUUCCUGCCUAAAGGGGCCUUUAUCUACAACACAUUGAUUGAGUUCAUCAGAAGUGAGUACAGGAAGAGGGGUUUUCAGGAGGUUGUUACACCCAACAUCUACAACAGUAAGCUGUGGCAGACAUCCGGCCACUGGCAGCACUACAGCGAGAACAUGUUCUCCUUCGAGGCAGAGAAGGAGACCUUCGCCCUCAAACCCAUGAACUGCCCGGGACACUGUCUGAUGUUUGAUCACCGGCCACGCUCCUGGAGAGAGUUGCCCCUUCGCAUGGCAGACUUUGGCGUCUUGCACAGGAACGAGCUGUCAGGAGCCCUGACGGGCCUCACCCGCGUCCGCCGCUUCCAGCAGGAUGAUGCCCAUAUCUUCUGCUCCAUGGACCAGAUUGAGGAGGAGAUCAAGGGCUGCCUGGACUUCCUGCGGACUGUGUAUGAAGUGUUUGGCUUCACUUUCAAACUCAACCUGUCUACAAGACCAGAGAAGUUCCUAGGGGACCCGGACAUCUGGGCCCAAGCAGAAAAGCAACUGGAGAACAGCUUGAAUGACUUUGGGGAGAAAUGGGUUCUCAACCCCGGCGAUGGAGCUUUCUAUGGACCAAAGAUCGACAUUCAGAUCAAGGAUGCCAUUGGUCGGUACCAUCAGUGUGCCACAAUUCAGCUAGACUUCCAGCUCCCGAUCCGCUUUAAUCUCACCUUUGUCAGCCAUGAUGGUGACGACAAGAAGAGACCAGUGAUCAUCCACAGAGCCAUCCUGGGAUCAGUUGAGAGGAUGAUCGCUAUCCUGACUGAGAACUACGGAGGCAAAUGGCCACUGUGGCUCUCUCCUCAUCAAGUGAUGGUUGUACCUGUGGGACCGACCUGUGAGGAGUACGCUCAGAAGGUCAAGCAGGAAUUCCACAAUAGCGGCUUCAUGGCUGACGUGGAUCUCGACCCCGGCUGCACUCUGAACAAAAAGAUCAGAAAUGCACAGUUGGCGCAGUAUAACUUCAUCCUGGUGGUGGGCGAGAAGGAGAAGACGAGUAACACUGUGAAUGUACGCACCCGGGAUAACAAAGUCCAUGGCGAGCGCACUGUGGAGGAGUGCAUCGAGCGUCUGAAACAGCUCAAGACCACCAGGAGUCGAAACGCUGAAGAGGACUUCUGAGUUUUCUCCAACUUGUAACUACCAGCUCGUCCUUCUCUCAACAGUACCUCGAGUCUGGUAACUUUCAAGGGCCAUGUAGUUGAAAACAGUUUUUGAUCAGGGAUAAAACUACUGUCACAUGGUUGCUAGUCUCUGCUUUUUGGCCCCUGACAUGACAUGAGUCUUUUUAUUCUGUUGUCCUCCGUUGCCUCUUUAAAAAUAUCACUAUGUUUUUGGUUAUCAUCAAGUAUGUGGUUGUACUCGUGGAAUGAAGUAUAAUUGUCCUUAUCACUUCUGUUUGUACAGAAAUGCAACUAGUGAGAUGUGAUUAGGUCUUUGAACAGCUUUACAGAACCUCUGUAUGGUGAAUAAAUUACUUCUCCCACAACUGAUCAAAACAGAAGAGAAAUGGUAUGUAACACAAUUUGUAUCGGUCACUCUUUCUUCAGGGAAUUGUACAUUAGUUACAAUUUUGAUAAUUAAACAAUCUGUUCUUGA